AUGCGAGUGCCGAGAAUUGUUGAGAUGGCCUUUGAUAUGCGUAAAGAUCCUGUUGGCCCUCUCCAGCAUAGCACGCUGACCCUGUGUAAUGCCGGGUUCCUGGGCGUCCCACUUAGAACGACCAAUACUCCGCAGGCCGUCAUCGGUCACAAAGUCCCAUUGCCGAAUAUCCGCCUCCGUGACACGGUCAACGUGUUCGUCCUCGCCCUUGCCGCCGGGGAAGUCAGGAGACAGCCCGGCAAGGAAGAGCCAGCCUACAGCAAGCUGUUCUGGUGUUUGUGGAGCCUAGACAAGCUCCUUGCAUCAAUGUUUGGUCGGCCUUGCCAUCUACGAGACGACGACAUCAGCCUGGAAAGACCCAGUUCAGUAUUAUCGUCUCAUCGGGAGCCACGGACCCCAUUCGACAUCUGGCUGACCCUCUUGGAAAUUGUCUUCCACCGCUUGGUGGAAGCUCCACGCUCAGAACCGAACAACAUGGCGCAUAUUCAACGUGGCCUCGCCGCCAUUCGGAUCCAGUCCAUCGUUGCGACGGAGUGCCAGCGGGCCCUUCCUCCUCUGUCUAUCAUUCCGUAUGCCAUCUCGCCAGCCGUGACCGUCUUCUACCAGCAGUAUCGCCCGACCAAACUGAUCACACAACAAACAAGAUUGGCAGCCGACCUUGAAGCAUGCUGCAGCCUGCUCGAAGAGCAGCGCAUCUGGUGGUACUCAGCCGAGAAGCCGACUGGUGCCACAGCAGACCUCCUGGAUCAUGCCGCAGGAGAUUUGAGGAGCCAACCAUCCGGAUACUGCCGAACCGACACUCUCUGUCAGGCGCGCGGGUUUGGCGAGGGCUCCGCAGUCGAUGAAUUCACAGAACAAGCCAGAGCUGCAGUGUGCGGCUGCAAUGGAACAGUAUAA